CCUGUGGCUCUUGGGUGUGUGUUGCAGUUGUUCCUGAGUGGGCUCAUUACUAGCUGUACAGUUCCCACACUCAAGUGGAUACAGUAGGAAGCAAUAUGAAUAUCUGGCUGAACAACAACUGCAUCUCCAGGUAUUCAUUUGAAGCGAACCUGUAGCAUUCACUACCAAGAAGCUGUAAAGACAAAAGUGUGCAUCUGUGUAAUAGUACUAACCACUGGUUGCUUUAUACCAACACUGGCGCAAGUGUGACCAUAUUUUUAUCAAGUAACGGACUGGCUAGAACGAAAGAAAGUUUACACAAAGAACGACCGCUACAACAUUCUGAGCGAGACAGAAAAGCCGUCGGCGUAACAGACCAGUGUCCGGGAGUGACUCUCGCAAAUAAAACACAUGGUUAGUCAUAGAAUAAUACAAGAUAGCUGAUCAUUAUUAUUAAUACUUAGUGAGUAACGAACCGUUAGUAUGGGAUGUAACGUUAGUAAAGAUGUACAAGUAGAGGAACAGCAGAAGGCCCAGGACGGUCAAGUUCAAGAAGAAAAGAAGCAAGCUGAUCAAGUUUCAACUCCUGAAGAAGAAAAGGCAGCCAUGAAGAUUCAAGCAUCUUUUCGUGGAUUUAAAGCUCGGAAAGAAGUGGAAAAGAUGAAAAUCGAGGAUUCUUCACGAAAAGUAAAUGGACAUAAAGAAGAUUCCUUUGGUUCUGAUGAUCCUCAACUUAGUGAAGCGGCAACCAAGAUACAGGCCUCGUUUCGAGGUCAUAAAGUACGAAAAGACCUGAAAGCUCAGAAUGAUUCGAAUGAAGUGGCCAACAAGGACGAAACAGCAGAGUAAUCCACGAAGUUAGCUGUUGCCUAUACUAAUUAUUUCCUGUGAUCUAAGCCGUUAACUUGACGAGACUGGAAGCUUUUGUUCUAUGUAGAGGCAGAGAGAAAGAGCUAUAAAAGAGUGGCGUAGUUGCGGGUAAAGACAGCAGUUAGCGAAGGCAGCAUCUAACACUAAACAUGAAAAUUGCGUCCACUCUUUUUUACCUUCUUCUCAUUGUACCAGACUCAUUUCGCACAACGCCUGUAAUAACAGAGUAAACUUUUUUUUUUCUUCAAUAGAAGUGCAACAAUCUUGUAAGCACUGUGAAAAUUUAAAAUAAUAUAAUCUAUAAUGCAUGUCUGUAUAUAACAAUCUGAAAUAUGUAAGCAAGGUAUGUUUUCGUAACAAAGUCAGAAUUUGGAUGCUUUCGAUAUGGUAACUGUACGUUUGAUAUAUCUGAAUUUUAAAAGCAUUCCUUAUUGUUGGUGCCUGAUUUUUCCUGACUUUUUUAAGUUAUGAAAAACAACACUUUAACAAAUAUCUUUUUGUACAAAAACUACACGCUAGUUUUCCUUUCCUUUUAAAAAUGAAAUCUUAGAUUGUGUUCAUUUCGUGUGUCAAGUAAUAACUAUGUGCAUUUGAGGAUUAACUGAAAAUUGAGGAUUAAUUGAAAACUUAUGCUGCAUUUUCAAUUUAAAAUUGUCAUCAGUGUAUCGUAUCGAUUACUUAUCCUUCUAAACUAUUGACGAUCAGUAAUAUCACAUGACUUUUAGGUAAUUAAUUAAUCCAAGAAAACGGACAAUGUGUGAUACGGAAAAUUCGGGAUUCACAAAUUACUGAAUUAAAAACAACCAUAUUUGAUAAAAUCCAUCGUGUCAGGUCUAAAGAAACAACUUAUAGUAUGCCCUUAGAAACAAAUGGUCAAGCUGAAGAUAAUUUGAAUAAAGAAUCAGAUUAAAAAAAAUAGUGAUCUGGUCAGAAUCUUACCAGCCUGAUCAUUCAUUGAAGUCAUAGAGACUAGUUGUGUCCUGAGAGUCUUAACUUUAUGUGAAAAUAUUUCCUUCAAUAAUUGCUUGUAGGAUAGAUAUUUUGUGUUCAAGAGUCACUGCUUUAAUAAAGUGUUUUAUUCUUUUCUUUUGUUGCAUGUUGAUCAUGAGCUAUUUUUUCUCUAGUGAUAUUUAUCAUGUUAAAUGUUGAAAGAACGUAAACAUGUUUACACGUCAGGUUUCUUAGAAUUCUUCACAACUAAUUUUUUGAAGCACGCAUAUUUUUACAUAAUCUACCUCUAAAUACGUUUUUUUUAAAUACUGAUUUUAAAGCGCCUUUGUCAUUUUAACAAGAUUUACUACUAAUAAAUGAAUAAGCCUGAAGCUACUUAGAAGUAUAAGUUCAGUUUCAUUUUUAUGAAACAAAAUUACAUAUAUUUAUCUAAAAAAUAUUUUUAACAUACUCUCCUUAUAAGUUUUUGCAGUGUCGCUUAAGUUUGACAGAAAUCAGGGUUAAUUAUGAAUAAGUUACUCUUCACAAGAAUGACAUUUUGAAUAUACAAUGAACAGAAAUAUUGAAGAAAGCGAGGAGUUUCUUAAUCAUUGGGCUUCAUUAGAAUAAUUGAUAUUAAACAAUUCGCCUUUUAAUUUGCAUUUAGACAAGAAUAUACAGUUAUGCUCUUGGUAAUCACAAUGCGCUUUUUUCUUUUUUUACGCAUUUUAUUGAACUUGGCUUGGGUGUUUAUUGUUGUUUAUUUUCAAGACGCCUAUUUUAUGUAAUUUUUACUUUUCACGAGUGUAAACUUUAUCGUUUAAAUGAAUAACUGUAAAAGUCUUUUUCAUGUUUACUCUAAUGAUUUUGAUAUUUGGAUGUGAUUGUUUAUUGUACACCAUGUUUCUGAAUGAAUAAAAUUUGAAGUUGAGCCUA